AUGAAUUUCCAGAGCUGGCUUGCCUUCCCAUUGUGGGUAUUGCUGUGCUGUCUUCUUCAGACAUCUGCCAUUCAACACGCUACAUCUCACAACUGCACCAGUGAUGGUUAAAGGAUAUCCUUCAGCCACUCCUGCAAAACUGACCUGCCCACUUUCUCCCAGAUUAAGGUGGAAGCAGAUCCAUUACAGCAUGAACACAACAGUGAUGUGCAGCUAGAUCCUGGGGAAGCCAAGGAAAAUGAAGAGCAGAAUAUAAUCUUUAGGCGCAACAUCCAUCUGCAUGCAACCAAAGGGGACUGUGAGGCUUUGACCCACAUUAAGGGUUUGCUUGGAAGGAUGGAGAAACUUGAGAAAGAAGUGGCAGAGCUGAGAGAAGUUUACAGCCCUCAGAAGUGCUGUGGGGGAAGCCAAGCCCCCAGCUCUGUCCUGAGAGGGGCAGCGGGGUCUGCGGCACAGCCGAGGGGCUCUGCCAGCGCGACGUGCAGCGGGAACGGUGGCAACGGGUCCUGUGACACGGGAGAGCGCUGCUGCCGCUGUGGCCUCCCCGGCCUUGACUGCUCCCAGGUGCUUGCUCCUCAGAACCUGCAACUGCUGAACUCCAUGGAGAAGUCUCUGGCUGUCAGCUGGGAUCCAGUGAUUGAUGUGGAUAAUUACAUUAUCCACAUAAGCUAUUAACCAGUAGGGUAUGAGACAUCGGUGAAACAAGUCCUUGUGCCCAAAAAGCAGCUCAGCUAUGAGAUUGUGGGUCUCUGCCCUGGCACCACAUACAACGUUACGCUUCAUCAUGUGAAGAAGGGGAUUGCCAGUGGGCCCAAGUAUCUAGAAGCAAGUACAGUCCUGUCUGCACUCGGUGCCAUGUGGGUGAUGGAGGAGAUGGAACACUCCCUGGAAGUGGAGUGGGAGAACCCACCAACUGAUGUAGACUAUUACAAGCUGAAGUUCAGAUCCUUGAUGGACAUGGAUGAGAAGCAGGUUAUGGUGCCCAAAAGCAAUGACCCUAAGAGCAGAUACAUCGUGACUGAUUCCGGAAACUCUGAAAUUCCGCUCUCUUAUGAAAGGGAGUUGAUAGCUCAACCAAUGUGGCAAAUGGCCACUGUCUCAUGGAAUAAAGUUGAAGCUCUCAUAGACAGGUACAUGGUGAGAUACACCUCAGCUGAUGGGGACACCAAGGAAACAGAGGUGGGGAGUGAAAAUGACAUCCUCACCAUACGAGAUCUGAAGCCAGGCAUGGAAUAUGUCAUCCACAUCUGGGCAGAGAAGGGGCCCCAGAGGAGCAGGAAGGCAAGCACCAAAGCUGUGACAGUGGACAGGUGGCUGGCAAAAGACACAGUCACAAUGUCCUGGGCUAGGGUCAGGCCUCUGAUAGACAGGUCCUUAGUGAGAUACAGCACAACUGAUGACACAAAGGACAUGGAGAUGGGGAAGGACAAGAGCAUCAUUGCUCUGACAGGACUGAAAAGAUUGAUCCUCCCCAAGAACCUCCGUGUAUCGGACAUGAGCCAUUCUGCUGGCGUGGUUACCUGGACUCCUCCUGCAGCACAGAUUGAUGGCUACCUUCUGACCUGCCAGGGUCAAAAAGGCACAAGCAAGGAGGUACAGCUGGGUCCUAGUGAGCAACAGUUUGUGCUGGAAGGGCUGGAACAAGGAGUGAAGUGUAUUGUCUUUCUGAUGGCCUAUAAGGGAGCUCACCAGAGCAGACAGACAGUACCUUCACAACAGGUGAUCAUAUGCCAGCAGUGUGCCCAGGUGGCCAAGAAGGCCAACAGCAUCUUGGCCUGUAACAGCACUAGUGUGGCCAGCAGGAGUGUUUCAGAGGCUGAGGCUGGUGAGCUGGAUUUCUACAAACGUGGGAAAAAUUACGUGGAAGUCUUUGGAGAUCCUGCUGGGGAAUUCUGACUUGUAAUUCUUUUUUUUCUGGGUCUUGACAAGCUGCACAAUCUCACAAGCAGCAGCUACAUCCGCUAUGAGCUCCGGGUGGGUUUGCAGACAGCUGAGUUUGCCUAUGCUGCCUGUGACUUCCUCCAGGUUGCCUUGAGCAGGGACAGAUGCAGGCUGUCUGUGGGGAGCUACAGAGGCCAUGCUGGGGAUGCAAUGACCUACCAUGGCUGGAAGUUCACAGCGUGGGACAGAGGCAGUGAUGUGGCUCUCAGCAACUGUGCUGUGACACACCAUGGUGUGUGGUGGUACAAGAGCUGCCACUUGGCCAACCUCAAUGGGAGAUACGGGGCGAGUAAGCACAGCAAGGGUGUGAACAGAGAAUCAUGGAGAGGCCAUGAAUUCUCCAUCCCUUUUACUGAGACGAAGAUCCAUCCUCGGUCUGCUAGUAAUGAGCCAAUCCUGGGGAGGAAGAAAAGGCCUCUGUCAGGGAAGUGGAAGAAG